AUGGUGCAACUCGAGACUGAGAACACUUACUGUAACCUGCAAUAUUCAGGUCUGAAUAAGCCAUCAUGGCGUCCUCCAAACUGGGCCUUUGGACCUGUAUGGACCACGCUGUAUACAGGAAUGGGCUAUGCAUCAUAUUUAGUAUGGAAUGAAGGAGGUGGCUACAAUGAUACAACAAAAUUACCUUUGAUUCUCUUUGGUUCUCAGUUGGCACUGAAUUGGGCCUGGACUCCAAUCUUCUUUGGGGCUCAUAAACUAGGAGCAGCAUUUUGUGAAAUCCUCCUUCUGUGGGGAACUGUAGCUGGCUGUGUCUACACSUUUUAUCCAGUCAGUAAACUUGCYGCUGGUCUUAUGGUCCCAUAUCUUGGYUGGGUCACAUUAGCAAGCUGCCUCAACUACUGUAUCUGGCAGCGCAACAAGCCAGCCAUAAAGGAAGACUAAAAUGUGUCCUCUAAUGCCACAYAGACAAAUAGAAGAUUAGAACAAUAUGAUUAAUCCUUUUAUUGA